UACGGCGUUUGUUGAGGUCAAUGAUUUCUGUUGCGUUGUCUUUUUCACGCUUUUGACGCUUUUUUGUCCGUUGCCCAGUGUCUGUAUGUACAUACGUAAGUAUGUACGAAUGUGCGAGCAUAUUGAAUAUUAAUUUUUAAGUUUUUCGGCUUGUGUAAACAUAUUCAGCGAAAUAAGUGGAACCAUCGACCGCUGUAAUGUCGAUUCUGCAAGCCAGUGAUGACAUAAUGUAGUAAGAUAUGUAGUUGAAAAGCCAACUAAAAUGCUGGUUGCUGAGGUGAUUCACGGGGACCAGAAUAUUUUGUAAUUCAAUGAACCUCGUUUAGAGCUAUCUCGAAGGCCUUCUCGAUAAAGUGAUACUCAAUUAGACUAAAAAGAAAUGCAUGUCGGCGGUUAUUUCUUGGGGAAAAUAAAUCGAAAGAGGUCCAUAAAUAUAAUGGGGAAACCGAUGAGUUCUUUCAGUAGAAGACUCAAGACGAAGCCAAUAAAAUGUCUAAAUACUUGGUGUACCUGUGCCUUGGGCUGCUCUGGAGUUGCCAAAUAAAUGCAGAAACCUUUGAGGAAUGUGAGGGGGCCGAAGACGAGACAUUCGUGCAAAGUUGGGAGAGUUGUCAGUCCUAUGUGUACUGUCAGGGUGAGGAUUCCGUGAAGGGCGAGUGCGGUGAGGGCGAGUACUUUGAUGCCGCGACGGGGGAAUGCGACGUGGCGGCCAAUGUCCAGUGCUUUCUGGACGAGGUCGAUGAACCCGCGGACCCGGAACCGGAACCGGAAGCAGAGGAGGAGGAAGAGAUAGUGCCCGCCACCCCGAAGCCAACCGAUCCACCAACUCUUCCCCCAACCGAAGUGGAUAUCCUUGACAUAGCCCCCGUGGUGAAGCCCAACUGUCCGAUCAGCGAUGAUCCCAGUCAGGUUAUCUUAAUGGCCAGCAACGAAUCGUGCACCAAUUACUACCUGUGCUACCAUGGACAUGCCAUGGAAAUGCAUUGCCCCAAUCAGUUGUAUUUCAAUUCGGUUUCCGGACAGUGCGAUUAUCCAGAGAAAGUUCAGUGUGCGCUGGAAGAUCCGCGAUCUCACAAGUGCCUGCCUCACAUGACCGAGUUCUUUCCACAUCCGGACAACUGCAAUUACUUCUACUACUGCAUCAAGGGUUUCCUCACCCUCCAACAGUGCCCCUUCUACUACGGAUGGGAUAUCGAACGCAGGAGUUGUGUGCAGAUAAGUGUGGCGAAAUGCUACGGAAACUCCCGACGAAUAUAGGCCGGAAACUUCCCCACACUUCGAAGAAAAACCCAAAUACAACUCUUUAUAUCUGGGUGGAGUUGUCUACCCUUAGCUGAUAAGAGCUCUAUUUAUUGACAAGUUACAAGAUUGUGGCAACAUGAGCCGUUUAAUUAAAUAUAACUUAUUAAGAAAGACCUUGAUUUUGAUUGCC